AUGCCUCCCACAGCUUCUCCAACUUAUCCUCCUACAUCUCCUCCAACAGCCGCCCCAACUAAUCCUCCUACAUCUCCUCCCACCAACCGGCCAACUAAUCCUCCUACAGCUCCUCCAACUGUGACUGCUGGAGAGCCAUCAGCGAGCCCCACAACAAGCACUCCAACCUCCAGUCCGACCAAUCCCCCCACAGCCCCACCAACCAAUCAUCCCACAGCACCUCCCACAAGUCCACCUACAGCACUGCCUACAGAUCCUCCCACUUCCCCACCAUCAAACCCCCCCACAUCUCCACCAACCAAUGCUCCUACAGCACCACCACCAACAAAUCCGCCAACAACACCGCCCACCAACUCUCCCACGGACCCUCCCACUUCACCACCAUCAAACCCUCCCACAGCCCCUCCCACCAAUAAUCCUACAGCACCACCGACAAAUCCACCAACACCACCACCCACGAACCCUCCCACAGCUCCACCAACCAAUGCUCCCACUUUGCCCCCAACAGAUAUACCGACAUCGUCUCCAACAAGUUCUCCCACAGAACCUCCAAGCAAUCCACCCACAGAUUUACCAACCAAUGCACCAACUCCUCAUCAUUGCUGCAGUGUUUUGACAUCCUCCUAUGAUGGGGACUUUUCCCCUGGAGGAAUUGCCUGUUUACCAAACGAGGAAAACUGUUGCAAAGUCUGCCAGUCAAACUGUUGUGUUGAAAUUACCAGUGAUCAUGAUGGUGACUUCGUUCAGUUUGGGAAGGUGUGUCUUCCCGGUGGAUCAAACUGUUGUGUGAUAUGUGACGAAAUUGGCAUGCCAUCAAAGGCCCCGUCGAGUUUCCCAAGCACGACUCCAACUGUACCGCCUUCACCAAGUCCCACUAUUCCCCCAACGAACCACCCUACUUUGUCCCCCACCCAACCUCCUACAGCCCCACCAACAGAGCCUCCCACACCUCCCCCCACCAACCAUCCUACAGCUCCACCAACCAAUGCCCCUACAGCACCUCCAACAACACCACCCACGAACCCUCCCACUUUGCCACCAUCAAACCCUCCUACAGCACCUCCCACAAAUCAUCCCACAACUCCACCAACCAAUGCUCCUACAGUCCCACCAACAAAUCAGCCCACAAUGCCACCAACAAAUCCACCUACCCAGUCUCCUACGAAUCAUCCCACAGUCCCACCGACGAAUCCUCCAACUGCACCCCCCACGAAUCACCCCACAGCUCCACCAACAACACAGCCUACCAACUCUCCCACCAAUGCCCCUACAGCCCCUCCAACGACAACGGCUCCCCCCACCAACCACCCAACUGGAUCACCAACUGACCCUCCCACGGGGCCACCAACAAAUAGUCCUACAGAACCCCCCACAAACCCUCCGACAGAACCACCAACCAGUGUUCCCACAUUUCCACCCACUGGUGCUCCAACCAUACCGCCAACAAAUGCACCCACAGCACACAGUUGCUGCAAUACUUUGUCAUCAGCACAUGAGGGAGAUGAUCAGGGAGACUUUGUUAUUGGUGAAAUCUCAUGUUUAUCAGACCAGAGCAGCUGUUGUAGAAUAUGUCAAUCAAACUGCUGCGAAACAGUUCCCUCAGAUUUUGUUGGUGACUUCAGCUUGUUUGGCAAGGUCUGCCAACCAGAUGGAAAUUUCUGUUGUUUGAUGUGUGCAACUAGUGGGGGAGGGUUGGUCACUGACCCUCCCACAGAACGUCCCACCAGCACACCUACAGGACCACCAACAAAUAGUCCUACAGAACCCCCCACCAACCCUCUGACAGAACCACCAACCAGUGCUCCCACAUUGCCCCCCACUGGUGCUCCAACCAUACCACCAACCUUACCGCCAACAAAUGCACCCACAGCACACAUCUGCUGCAAUACUUUGUCAUCUGCACAUGAGGGAGACGAUCAGGGAGACUUUGUUAUUGGUGAAAUCUCAUGUUUAUCUGACCAGAGCAGCUGUUGUAGAAUAUGUCAAUCAAACUGCUGUGAAACAGUUCCCUCAGAUUUUGUUGGUGACUUCAGCUUGUUUGGCAAGGUCUGCCAACCAGAUGGAAAUUUCUGUUGUUUGAUGUGUGCAACUAGUCCUCCAACACAGCCUCCGACCAACACGCCCACCGAACCACCAAGUUUCCCCCCAACAGUCCCAGACCCCGCAGGAAGAACAAUUACAGCUGUGCCAUCUAGCUCCCCAUCCAGGGCCCCUACUAGUGCAGCUUACAUUACAAGCUGGCAUUUAGUAGACACAGAUACUGAUGACGACAUCAUGGAAGUUCACAGCGGAGACGAAUUACACCUUGCCUUGCUUCCAGCGCAUUUGUCUCUUCGUGCUGAGACUAUGCCCAAAUAUGUUUCUGAGGUCAAUUUCUAUGUGAAUGGUAGCUUCUACAUGGAUCAGCAAUACUAUCCGUACAGCCUUGGCAAUGAUUAUGCUGGAAACUACUUUCUUACAGAUGUUCUGACAACCCCUUCUUCAGUGUCCAUAAGGGCUGAUCCUUACACAGGUGGCGUAAUGGGGGUUGGGCAGCUGGGAACAUCUGGGCAUCUGAACCUUGUCAUCAUCAACAGCCCUCCCACAGCUUCGCCAACAGAUCCUCCCACCUAUCCCCCAACGAACCCUCCCACAGAAACUCCAUCCAAUCCUCCUACAGAACCCCCAACUAAUCCACCUACUGAAUCACCAACUGGUCCACCUUCUGAAUCUCCAACAAAUCCUCCAACCGACGCUUCCACUGGCCCUCCAACCAAUCCCCCAACUGACGCUCCCACUAGGCCCCCAACAUCACCUCCUACAAAUCCUCCAACAGAUGCUUCCACAGCUUACGUUGAAAGCUGGCAUUUGGUUGAUGCUGACACUGAUGAUGACAUCGGGGAAGUGCGCAGUGGAGACACAUUAAACCUUGCCUUGCUUCCACCCACUCUGUCUAUUCGUGCUGAGACUAUGCCCAAAUAUGUUUCCGAGGUCAAUUUCUAUGUGGGUGGUAGCUUCUACAAGGAUCAGCAAUACUACCCAUACAGCCUUGGUGGUGAUAGUGCUGGAAACUACUUUCUUGCAGAUGUUCUGACGACCCCUUCUUCAGUGUCCAUAAGGGCUGAUCCUUACACAGGUGGUGUAAUGGGGGUUGGGCAGCUGGGAACAUCUGGGCAUCUGAACCUUGUCAUCAUCAACAGCCCUCCCACAGCUUCGCCAACAGAUCCUCCCACCUAUCCCCCAACGAACCCUCCCACAGAAACUCCAUCCAAUCCUCCUACAGAACCCCCAACUAAUCCACCUACUGAAUCACCAACUGGUCCACCUACUGAAUCUCCAACUAAUCCUCCAACCGAUGCUUCCACAAGCCCCCCAACAGAUCCUCCAACUCUCGCUCCCACUAUUCCCCCAACAGAUCCUCCAACCAACCAUCCAACUGUCGCUCCCACUAGCCCUCCAACCAAUCCCCCAACUGACGCUCCCACUAGGCCCCCAACAUCACCUCCAACAGAUGCUUCCACGGCUUACGUUGAAAGCUGGCAUUUGGUUGAUGCUGACACUGAUGAUGACAUCGGGGAAGUGCGCAGUGGAGACACAUUAAACCUUGCCUUGCUUCCACCCACUCUGUCUAUUCGUGCUGAGACUAUGCCCAAAUAUGUUUCCGAGGUCAAUUUCUACGUGGGUGGUAGCUUCUACAUGGAUCAGCAAUACUACCCAUACAGCCUUGGCAAUGAUCGUAGUGGAGACUACUUUCUUGCAGAUGUUCUGACGACCCCUUCUUCAGUGUCCAUAAGGGCUGAUCCUUACACAGGUGGCGUAAUGGGGGUUGGACAGCUGGGAACAUCUGGGCACCUGAACCUUGUCAUCAUCAACAGCCCCCCCACAGCUUCUCCCACCGAAGCUCCCACCGAAGCUCCAACAAAUCCACCAACAGAAAGUCCUACAAACCAUCCUACUGAAACUCCCACUGAAUCACCGACCGAAACUCCCACUGAAUCACCAACCGAAGCUCCCACUCAAUCACCAACCGAAGCUCCCACUCAAUCACCAACCGAAGCUCCCACUGAAACACCAACCGAAUCUCCCACCCAAUCACCAACCGACUCUCCCACUGAAUCACCAACCGAAUCUCCCACCCAAUCACCAACCAAAGAGCCCACUGAAAAUCCUACCCCAAGUCCGACUGAUGCUCCCACUCCAGCCCCAACUGAAGGCUGUUGCAACGAGCUCAGCGAUGAUUUUGUAUCAGGAGAGUUCCGUGUUUAUGGAAGCAUCUGCAACGGAGAUGGUGAUUGCUGUCUGGUUUGUCCCAAUCAUUGUUGUACAAGCUUGCCAUCAGAGCCCGGCCAUGUAGUCGGUGAUAUCAUCCCCUCGCCGGACGACAGUGAUGCGUGGUGCUUGAUCUGUAAUUACUGA